AUGGUCAGUCAAAGAGCCACGGCGGUGGCUCAGCACUCAACAUUCGGCUCCCUCAAAGCAGCGCCUCCUUGUCAGCAUGCACCCAGCCAGCAGGCCAAGAGCGUUCCUAACCACAAGCGCAGCCUCUUACUUCUUUCCAGCUUCGCCGCUCUAGUCCAAGCACCGCUUGCUCCCGAUUCGAGAUCAUGGCACCAACACACGGAUCCACUCCCAGAGCAAGGAGUCAUGCAAGACCAGUUCCGUGGGGUAUUGGGAGCUGCCGGACCGAUCCGCAACACCGCGAUGUUAUCUUCUCAGCAAGAGUUGCAAUCAAGGAGGAGAGCAUCAGGUAAGGGGUUCCUCUGGUUUGUGCGGAGAUUCUUCCUGUCAGAUCAAGAGCUUCAACUCUCCGAUUUGAGGCCCCUUCAGCCUCUGCUGGACCCUCACGCUCUCGCAACCGCAAGCUGGCACGCAGUCGAGCCAUUAUAUGAGGAGCACGCCGACACCUGCAUGAGCGACAACAGCUUGCGCGCGCUGCUCCCCCCGGCGUGGCACAUGAUGCUUCUGAGCGACGGUUCCGUUACGCGCCACCUGCAGCUGCUGACCGGAACCAAGACCGCGGCGGACUGCUUCGAGAUGAGACACGUGGGCCACUCGACGCAGGGUCUGCCCGCGGGGACGGAACUCAUCGAGGGGCCCCGGGUUCAGCGACAG